AUGACGCGGCCUACCACGCUACAGACGCGGCGAGAGCGCUGCGGUCGCGGCCUCUGCGGCUACGAGCGCUGUGGGAGCAGCACGAGCACCACUUCCCCCGCUAUGGGCGCGGCCAGAGCGCAACGGGCGAGGCCUCUCCUACAACGACCGCCGCGGGAGCACUACGGGGCGCGGCAAGAGCAUUACGGCCGCGUCCUCCAUCUGUACGGCACGCAGCAAGAUCGGUACGUCGCGCGGGGGAGAAGGAGCGAGCGGGUGAGCAGCAAGCGUACCUCAGUCGGCGACGAGCAGCGGGUGCUUCUCCCCUGCUGCGCCUCCGCCUCCUCCGCACCUUUCGACGAGUGUGGCCGCGCAGCCCUGCUCCUCCGACCGAGCCCCGGCCUACGCGGCAACGGGGCCUCACUCGCUAGGGCUCCCAUAGAUUACGUAGCGGCUGCGCCGUCUCCUCCUCCACUCCGCUCCGCUCGCUCUAUAAAAGAGCACCGCGUCCGCGGCGCCAUUCCACUUCCACCACCACUACCACCACCGCCCGGCGAGAGGAGAGCAGAGGGGGAGCGAGCAACCGGCGGCGAGAUGAUGCAGAUCUUCGUGAAGACGCCGACCGGGGAGACCAUGACGCUCGAGGUCGAGAGUUGCGCGGCCGUCGACAGCGUCAAGGCCAAGAUCCACGACAAGGAAGGUAUCCAGCCGGACCAGCAGCGCCUCAUCUUCGCGGGGAAGCAGCUCGACGAUGGCCGCACCCUGGCCGACUACAGCAUCCACAAGGAGUCCACGCUUCACCUCGCGCUGCGCCUCGUCGGCGGUGGCAAGGGCGGGGUCUACCCCAGCAGGAUGGAGCCUAACCUGCGCGUGCUUGCGCUCAAGUACAGGCAGCACAGGCUUGUGUGCCGCAAGUGCUAUGCACGCCUGCCCCUCAGGGCUGCCAACUGCCGCAAGAAGAAGUGCGGCCACAGCAAUGACAUCAGGCCCAAGGAGAAGCUGCGCCCCCACUAAAGCGUUGGAAACAUAACAAAGUGGCAUUCUAUAGCUGGAUUAACUGGGAAUUCAAAGUUUGGUUCGAGUCUUAGUUUCAGUUAAAUGUUGCUUCUGGAAUCUAGAACCCUAUGCUCCUGUAUCAGUUUCCCUCGUAGUACUGUCCAAUUUGCUCUUGCAUGAAUGAUGAAAUCAGUUAUUUGUGGUCUGCUAGCUUGAAUGGAUGACGAAGUCAAGUAAUGCUUCCUAUAUUUC